AUGAAGUUUCUCACUCUCUCCAUGAUGACUGCCCUGGCGGUAGCAUCACCCAUUACCACACGCUCCGAGACCGCCCUCGAAGCCCGUCAACUCGGCUCCAGCACCAGCAACGAUCUCCAGCAAGGCCAGGCCGGCGCCUGCCCCAAGGCUAUCUUCAUCUUCGCCCGAGCUAGCGGCGAGUCCGGAAACAUGGGUUCCUCCACCGGCCCCAUUGUCGCAAGGGAGCUCAAGAGCAAAUACGGCGCAGACAGCGUCUGGGUCCAAGGCGUCGGUGCUCCCUACGCCGCCGAUUUGCUCUCCAACGCCCUACCAGCCGGUACUUCUCAAGGCGCCAUUGACGAAGCCGUCAAGAUGUUCCAGCUCGCAAACCAGAAGUGCCCCGAGACUCCCGUUGUGUCGGGUGGCUACAGUCAAGGUACUGCGGUCAUCGCCGGCGCAAUUCCCAAGCUCUCCGAGACCGUUCGCGCCCAGGUCAAGGGCGUUGUGCUGUUCGGAUACACAAAGAACAAGCAGAACAAUGGCGGCAUCCAGUCGUACUCUGCUGAUAACGUAAAGGUGUUCUGCGCCAUGGGUGAUUUGGUGUGCUCUGGUACUCUUACCGUUACCGCCGCGCACUUUACCUACUUUGAUGAAGCUGCGGGUCCUGCGCCGGAGUUCCUUGAGAGCAAGAUUGGUGCUUAA